AUGCACUUCUCAAUCGAUAAAAUCAAAGAUAAAGUCAAGGAUAAGCUCGGGCGCAAUGAUGCCCCUGUUGUGAAUGACUACGAGAACUGGAUGGGUGGGAUCAUGGAGAAGAUCGGUAGCAAGAGGAUCAUUGACAUCGCAAUGCCGGGUACGCAUGAUAGUGCAAUGCAUGGGGAUAACAUGGGUCAUUCGCUUGGUUUGGACGCCGAGAAGCCAGUGAUUGAUAUCUGGACCCGCCUAACCUCCGUCCCCCUCGCUGGCCAAAUUGCCGGUAACGUCACAACCGACAUCAUCAAACGCUGGUCCCAAACCCAAUCCCAUUCCCUCCCAAACCAACUCAGCCUCGGAAUGAGAUACCUGGAUUUGAGGAGCUUUCGGUUAACGCAUACGGUUAUGACGAAGACGAGGGUGGAGGAGGAGUUGGCAGAGGUUAGGGCGUGGGUUGAGGCACACCCAAGCGAGGUUGUCAUCAUUGAUUUUCAGCACUUCUACGGUAGUGUCCUCGCCUACUUCACCGACGCGUACAUCGGACUCGGCGAACCCGAACACCAAGCCUUCCACACUAUGCUAACCCAAACCCUGGGUCCCCAUCUCGCCCCCCGCUCCCUCAUCUCCUCCCCAAUCCGCGACUACAUCGCCGCUAACACUCGUAUCAUCGUUCUCUACGGCGACGACCCGCCCAUUCCCUCAACCGGCGAACGUCCUCAAGGCGCGGACGCGAUUAAGGCUCAGUAUGAGGAUGUCUGGCCGCGUGAGGGGAGGAUCGAUAGUUUGUGGGUGAAUGAAAGGACGAGUGAGGGGUUGGUUACGGCGUUGGAUGGAGUUGUCAAUAGAAGGCCGGCUGCGGCUGAUGAUCCGGCGAAUAACGAUAGGUUUUGGGUGUUGCAGGGUGUGAUGACUGCCUCCGCGGACGAUAUCAAAGCCCGUCCUGACCAUACGCUGAAGGAGUUUGGUGCUGAGAGCUGUAAUGCAGCGGUUCAUGCCAAGUUCAGACAACUCCUUAAUGAUGAUUCCGGGGACGACCGCAGGAGGGCCUGGAUUAUGAUCGUGGACUUUCCUGACAUCCCGAACUUGGAUUGGGUGAAGGACAUCAUUGCGUGGAAUGAGAGGAACAGUUUCUAA